GCGUGGGCUUCACGGUGAUCCUGAUCUCGCUGUACGUGGGCUUCUACUAUAACGUGAUCAUCGCCUGGGCUCUCUUCUACCUGUUCUCCUGCUUCUCCGGGGAGCUGCCCUGGAUCCACUGCAACAACACCUGGAACAGUCCCAACUGCUCCGACCUCAGCUCCACGCUGCUCAACGACACGCACAAGACCACGCCGGCGCUCGAGUACUUCGAGCGAGGCGUGCUUCAUCUCCACGAGAGCUCCGGCAUCGAUGACCUGGGUCUGCCGCGCUGGCAGCUCACCUGCUGCCUGGCUGUGGUCAUCGUGGUGCUCUACUUCAGUCUGUGGAAGGGAGUCAAGACCUCAGGGAAGGUUCGAGAUCUUACACGAGCCCACUGA